AUGGCACUGUACUCCAUCACUUUCAUUGCUCAUGGCGAUUCUUUGACCGCUACUGAAAAAAAGGACAUUGAGAAUUUCAUAUCUUCCGAUUUGCAUUUGGACAUCCAAUCAAAGACAGAACUAUCUCCCAAUAGAGUAUACGACUUUCACGUCGAUACGAAUGAACCAGACUCGGUAGCAGCUUUGGUCAAAAAUGCAACACAACGGGGCUUACCAUACGACAUUAUCUUUCAGGAUGCCAAAACGAGACGUGACAAGAAAUUGUUUGUGUUUGACAUGGACUCAACGUUAAUUUACCAAGAGGUUAUCGAGUUGAUUGCAGCGUAUGCUGAUAUCGAAGAUAAAGUGGCAGAAAUCACCGAAAGAGCCAUGAAUGGUGAACUAGACUUCAAUGAAUCCUUGAAAGCGAGAGUUCUUCUAUUGAAAGGAAUCGAUGCCACCACUCUAUGGGAUGAAUUGAAGGUCAAAAUUACCCUCACUAAGGGAGCUAAAGAACUCUGUAAAGCAUUAAAAUCUUUGGGAGUUAUUAUGGCUGUCUGUUCCGGUGGCUUUAUCCCAUUAGCAUCACACGUGAAAGAAGUGCUCGGAUUAGAUUAUGCGUAUGCAAACACUUUAGGUUUGGAUAACGAAAACAAACUAGACGGAACCACAAGAGGAUAUGUUGUCAACGGAGACAAGAAAGCUGAGCUCUUGCUUGAAAUUGCCAAAACUCACAACAUUGAUGUCUCAUCCGCGGUCGCAGUUGGGGAUGGUGCCAAUGAUUUGAAAAUGAUGAGCGUGGCAGGUUGGGGUGUGGCUUGGAAUGCGAAGCCAAAGGUCCAAAAAGAAGCCCCAUGCUGCUUAAACACAACGUCCUUGAAAGACAUUUUGUAUAUAAUGGGUUUCAGUGAUGACGAGAUUGUGGCCCUUGUGCAAUAG